AUGGGCGAGGAACUUUCUACCGACCAUGUCAAGGCGCAUGGGGCGGCUGACGGAGCUGCCAAGUGCUGCUAUUACGACAAGGACCAGCCAUCGAACGGCGGUUGCUUUGAGAGCAUCAACGCACAGAAUAAGCCACACAAUGGAGCAGCAAUCGCUACUGGGAAGCAGUCAGCGAUAACGCAUGCUAUCGCAGUGUCGCCCUUAAAGUCCUCGACGAAAGUGGUGAAGGUGCACGUGUCAAAGGACUACAUGAAGUUCAAUGCCGCUCACUUCAUCGCAUACAAGGGAUUCCGAGAGAAGCUGCAUGGCCACAACUAUCGCUUGGCUGUCACGAUUACAGGAGAAGUUGGCUCGGAUGGAUACGUGAUUGACUUUGGAGAAAUUAAGAGGAUGUCGCGUGUAAUCUGCAAGGACUUGAACGAAUCCUUUCUUGUACCCAUGAAAAGUGAUGCGCUGAAGAUUUCAUGUGACGGCACGAAUAUCCACAUAGCUACGGAAGACAUGGCGACAUUUAGUUUUCCUAAGACCGACUGCUCUUUGCUGCCAAUCGUACACACAUCAGCAGAGGAGCUCGCCAUUCACAUCAGUAACCGGCUCCUGGACGCAUUCACACUCGACGCGCUCCUGAGGCGAGGCGUGCAGAAACUGGAGGUGACACUUUCGGAGGCAGACCAGCAGUUCGCUUCGUACGAGCGCGUCCUGCUCGUUUAG